AUGGACAUAGACACAGGCAUGCACCAAAACCAACACAACAACCAACACAACAACCAGCACAACAACCACCUCCACAACCAGCACAACAACCAACAGUUCAAAACCCUGCACAACAACCACCUCCACAACCAGCACAGCAACCAACAGUUCAAAACCCUGCACAACAACAACCACAAACAGAGCAAGGACAUAAAAGAAGUAGAGAACAAGGAAACCAAGAAUUCUUAA